AUGGCCGACGCAAAAAAGAAGGAGUCCAGCUUGCAGCUGCCGCUUCAGCGCACCAACGGCAAGAGCCUGACCGGGAAGAUUAUGUGGCUUCCGGGCAAGAAGAACAUCCUCACUGAUCUGAUCGAUCCUGUUCUCGACGAUGGCGCAUACACCCACCCGGUCGUCAUCAUGUCCAGGAUCCCAUCGCCUGAAGGCCUAGUCGGAAUAUUCAUGGUGCUGAAAACGCUUUACCUGAUGAAUGCCAUCUACAUCCCCCGAACUCAGUGA